AUGAACAUGGAGCAGCAAGUCGAGCACAGCCAUCUCCAAAUCCGAGGCCUCAGCCUCCACGUGGCCCAAGCAGGCAAAGGCGAGCUGGGCACGGUGGUGUUCCUGCACGGAUUCCCGGAGAUAUGGUACUCGUGGCGCCACCAGAUGCUGGCCGUGGCCGCCGCCGGGUACCGCGCCGUCGCGCCGGACUGGCGAGGGUACGGGCUCUCGGACCAGCCGCUGGAGCCGGAGGCCGCGUCGUACGACGACCUGGUGGAGGAUCUCCUCGCAAUCCUCGAUGCCUUCUCCAUUCCCAAGGCUUUCCUUGUGGCGAAGGAUUUCGGAGCCAUGCCAGCCUAUGAGUUUGCUCUUCGUCACCCUAGCCGCACAUGUGGUGUUAUGUGUUUGGGGAUCCCCUUCCUUAACGGUGGCUCAUCCUUCACCAGCUUGCCAGAAGGCUUCUACAUUUUGCGCUGGCGGGAACCAGGAAGAGCAGAGGCUGAUUUUGGCCGGUAUGAUGUCAAGAGAGUUGUUCGGACCAUCUACGUGCUCUUCUCUAGGAGCGAAAUCCCAAUAGCAAAAGAAGACCAAGAGAUUAUGGACCUUGCGGACUUGUCAACACCUCUUCCAGAGUGGUUCACUGAGGAUGAUCUCGCUGUGUAUGCUUCACUCUAUGAGAAAUCAGGUUUCCGGUAUCCAAUGGAGAUGCCAUAUAGGUCUCUCCAUAAAAGGAAGCCAAUCGAAGAUCCAAAAUUCCAAGUCCCGGUGUUUGUUGUCAUGGGGGAGAAAGACUAUGUGUUCAAGUUCCCUGGGGUUGAGUCCGUUUUGAAAGAUGGCAUCAUGGAGAAAUUCGCACCGGACCUUAAGAUCACCUACAUCCCUGAAGGAAGCCAUUUCGUUCAGGAGCAGUUCCCGGACAAGGUGAAUGAUCUCCUGGUCAGCUUCUUGAAGGGCCACCCUGUGUCUGCAUAG